AGAGAGAGAGAGAGAGAGUGAAACCAAUGUGUGUGUGUGCAUGGGCAUGUGUGUGUAAUCCACAGUACAGAGUUCACACACUCUCUCUCUCUCCCAGUCUGUCAGUGUGUGUGUGUGUGUGUGUGUGUGAGUGUUUUCUCAGUCUCUGGUCAUCAUGGACUUCAAGAACACACACAAGCGGAAGCUUCUUCUGUUGUCGGUGGGCUUGGCUGUGUGUGUUGUAGUGAUUAUUCUAGGUCUGGGUCUGGGUUUGGGUCUUCAGCUGCAGGACUGCAGGAGUAAAGACGUGUCGUCCUCCUGCAGAAAUCGCUGCUUUGAGCCUGUUGGUGUGUAUUCUGCGUCGUGUCGCUGUGAUCGUCAGUGUGUGGAGACUCAGAGCUGCUGCUUCGACUAUCGAGAUGUGUGUCUGCUGCCCUCUGAGCUGUGGGAGUGUACUGCGCUGCGCUGUGGUGAGAAGCGUCUGUCUGUCAGCAGGUGUCACUGUUCUGAAGACUGUAUGAGCAGCGGAGACUGCUGCACCAACUACCAGAGCGUCUGCAAGGGAGAUACGGAGUGGGUUCAGGAUGAGUGUGUGGACAUGGGUACUCCCAAAUGCCCAGCCAGUUUUAAGACGCAGCCCCUGCUCUUGGUUUCUCUGGACGGUUUAAGAGCUGAAUAUCUGCAGACGUGGGGCUCACUGGUGCCUGUGCUGGACAAGAUCAGACGCUGUGGGACAUCAGCUCCUUUCAUGCAGGCCGUGUUCCCUAGUAAGACGUUCCCUAACCACUACUCUAUAGCCACGGGUCUGUAUGCAGAGUCUCAUGGUCUGGUGGACAAUAACAUGUAUGACCCGGUGUUUGACGCCUCCUUCAGUCUGUCCAACAGUGAGAAGAACAACCCACGCUGGUACCAGGGACAGCCGAUCUGGAACACAGCCAUGUAUCAGGGUCUGAAGGCCGGGACGUUCUUCUGGCCGGGUUCAGACGUGCCCAUAAACGGCACUUUUCCAGACCUCUACAUGGACUUUGACGGUAAGGUGCCGUAUGAGCAGAGGGUCUUCACGGUUCUCCAGUGGCUGCAGCUUCCAGAAGACAAACGGCCGGAUUUCUUCACGCUGUACCUGGAGGAGCCGGACAGCUCGGGUCACAGCUCAGGGCCGGUCAGCGGAGGGCUGAUCUUGGCUCUGCAGGGAGUGGACCGGGUUAUUGGUCAGUUGAUGACGGGCCUCAAACAACUUAACCUUCAUCAGUGUAUCAACAUCAUCAUCGUCGCAGACCAUGGUAUGGAGGAGACCAGUUGUGAGCGUAAAGAAGUUCUACAGGAUUUCAUUGGUGAUGUCAGUCAUCUGUAUGUUAAUGAGGGCCCGUUUGGACGAAUCAGAGCCAAAAACAAAGAAGACACCUUGGACGCAGCUGCACUAGUGGCGAACAUGUCGUGUAAGCAUCCGCAGCAGAUGAUUAAACCCUAUCUGAAGCAUCAUCUGCCCAAACGCUUCCAUUACGCCAAUAACAGACGCAUCGAGGACGUGAGUGUGUUGGUGAACGCACGCUGGCUCUUCGAGAGGUAUCCGGGGUCUCUGACAUACUGUGCAGGAGGGAAUCAUGGAUAUGAUAAUGACAUCUACAGCAUGCAGGCCUCGUUUCUCGGUUUUGGGCCCAAAUUCCUCUUUCAGACGGAAGUGGAGCCGUUUUCCAACAUUGAGCUGUACAACCUCAUGUGUGAUCUGCUGGAAAUCACUCCAUUCCAGAACAACGGGACCCACGGCAGCAUGAACCACCUACUGAGGAGGCCGGUGUACAGCCCACAGCACCCACAGGAGCAGAGCGGCCCACACCAGUGUCCCAUCACCAGCCUGGAGCCCACCGACACACUGGGCUGCAGCUGCACUGCUCUGAAUGACACUAUGAUCAACGCACGCUUGAACCUGACAGAUGCUGAAGUGGCGGACAGCGAGCGGCGGCACUUGUUGUUCGGGCGUCCGCGAGUCCUCCAGUCUGAUGUCCAAUACUGUGUGCUGAACCACCACGGCUUCAUCACGGCCUACAACACACACACCACACCCAUCUGGAGCUCCUUCACCAUGGAGAGAACGGCGGAGAGUUCUCCAGUGUUGUCAGACUGUCUCCGAGCAGAUGUCAGGAUUCCAGCCAAUCAGAGCGCAACGUGUGACCUGUACAACAACAACCCCAACAUCACACACGCCUUCCUGUUCCCGCCCAAUCUGAACGUGUCGUCUGAGGCUCAGUUUGACGCUCUGACUCUUGGAAAUGUGGUGCCGAUGUUCCCAGAGUUCAAGAGAGUGUGGCAGUAUCUGCAGCAGGUUCUGUUGGUGCGGUUGGCGUCUCAGUAUAACGGGCUACACGUGCUGAUGGGUCCAGUGUAUGACUCGGAUUCAGACGGUCGCGCAGAUGCUCCACAGCAGAUCCAGAGGCUGGUUCCUCUUCCCUCUCAUUAUUUCGUGGUGUUGUUGAGUUGUGUGAACGAGUCUCAGACGCCGGCCGAGUGUUCAGGAGAGCUGCAGAGUGUGUGUUUCCUGCUGCCACACCGAGAGCACAACACCGAGAGCUGCGCUGACGGUCAGCCGGAGUCGCAGUGGGUGGAGCCUCUGCUCUGGAUGCACCAAUCUCGUGUGAGAGACGUGGAAUGGAUCACCGGAUUGGACUUCUUUCAGGACAGCAAGCGUCCAAUCACUGAGCUGCUCCGCCUGAAGACCCGCCCCACUGCCGCCAUUCACCCCAAAAACUGAGUCCUCCAAUCAGCGCACUUCGCUCAUUAGGAUAUUAAUAUGAUUUAAUUUAUUCUGUUGUCAUUCAUCAGGGUUAUUAUAGCGGACUUUGUAAAAAUGAAAGAUGUACAUUUAUUUUAUCUCAUCUAGUUAUAUUAACAAUUUAGUUUAACUUUAAAUUAUUUAAAAGAAAUAAAUAGAAUAAAUGUGAACUGAUUACGACUUAACAAAUGUAAAGUAAUUAUCAUAAAACUCAUUACCAUAAAAAUGUGUAAAUAAUUCUGAAAUAACAAUGUGUAUGAGAAAUCAGCUAAUUAAUGCUCUUAUAUCUGAGAGAAAGUCUGUAAAGACAUCUCCAAAUAUAAGACAUUUCAUGAUUUUGACCUAGAAAUGAAGUAACCUGACAAUCAGUGUUGACUGGACUAAUGAAUGUUAAUUAAAAACAACUAAUAAACCAGCAAACGAGUGAAUAUAACGCACUAUAAAACUAACAAUCAUUAAAUAAUUAAUGAAAGCUG